CAGCUAGCUAGCGUAGCGGGUCGAGCUAGGAGCUAGCUAGCGGUUAGCAGCGCGGUGCCGCUAAAAGCUCGAUUAAUCUCACUUUUAUGGUGUCCGCCGUGACGUUAAAUGCCUUCGUCGACUACAUAGUAAGAGCAGCGACGGCGAGGGUAUCCAGGCAGUGUUUUUGUGGAUGAGUUGACUCUGAAGGAGAAGAUGUGCAAUGGAAUGAUAGAGUCAAUAUCAACAGCCACUGAACGGUUCCUCUUGUUGCUGCUGUUACUGACUGGAGAGCCCACCGUGCACGGCUCAGGAUGCGUGAGGCCGUACAUGGUCCAGAACAGCUGGGUGAAUCUGACAGAGACCAACCGGGGCUCGUUCCCCGUGGGCACGGUGCUGCAGUACAGCUGUGACCCCGGCUACCUCCCCGAUGGGCCCAGCAUCCUCACCUGCAGCGCUCAGGGCAGGUGGACGUCCGACCCGCCUCACUGCAUACGCAGCGGUGCAUGCCUGCCUCUCUCCAAACCCGAGAACGGGGGCUACAGAUGCCACCCCUCCCCCUGCCGCAUGUUCUCCCACGGCACCAUCAUCGAGUUCUUCUGCAACGACGGCUUCGUCCUGAGCGGGGACUUCACCUACCUGACGUGUCAGGACGGGGAGUGGGACGGCCCCAUGCAGACCAGCUGCGUCAGCCAAGGCUGUAUCCGACCCUCCACGGUGCAGCACGGCUCCACCAACCUGACGGACAGCAACAGGAGCCUGUUCCCGGUGGGCACGGUGCUGCAGUACGGCUGCGACCCGGGCUACCUGCCGUCCGGGCCCAGCACGCUCACCUGCACGUCGCUGGGAGACUGGUCGUCCGGACCGCCGCGCUGCGUCCGCACCGACGUGUGCCCGCCUCCGUACCAGCCAGAGAACGGAGGGUUCAGCUGCCACCCCGCCCCCUGCAGGAGGUUCUCCCACAACACGGUGAUCGAGUAUUUCUGUGACGAAGGCUACGCGCUGAAAGGGAACUAUAAAUUCCGCACCUGCCAGUUUGGGAAAUGGGACAGCUCGACGCCCAUCAGCUGCCUCAUGGAGCAAGGUUGCGUGAGGCCGUCCAUGGUGCCGCACGGCUCGGCCAACCUGACGGAGAGCAACCGGAGCCUGUUCCCGGUGGGCACGGCGCUGCAGUACGGCUGUGAGCCCGGCUUCCUCCUGGACGGAGCCGGCACCAUCAGCUGCACCGCGCAGGGAGACUGGUCGUCUGAGCCGCCCCGGUGCCUCCGCAGCGACGUGUGCCAGCCUCCAUACGAGCCGGAGAACGGGGGCUACUCCUGCCACCCCUCCCCGUGCCAGCGCCUCUCCCACGGCACCGUGGUCGAGUACUUCUGCGAGGAAGGCUACAUUCUGAAGGGGGACUAUAAAUACCUGACCUGUCAGUACGGCGUGUGGGACAGCCAGAUGAAGCUGAGCUGCAUCAUGGAGGAAGACCACGAUCCGUCCCUGCCCCUCGGCAUGCCGGCCCUGUCCAUCGUGGCGUCCACGGCCAGCUCGGUGGCCCUCGUCCUGCUGCUGGUGGUUCUCUUCGUGCUCCUGCAGCCCAAACUCAAGUCCCUCCACCGGCGCGAUCAGGGCGUGUCGGGCCAGCCGGUCUCCAUCAUGGUGGAGGGCGUCCAGGUGACCCUGCCCUCGUACGAGGAGGCGGUGAACAGCGGCGCCGCCUCGGCCACCGCCCCCGAGUCCCGGGUCCAGAUCGUCCUGUCGGAGGGGCAGCACGCCGCCGCGCCGGAGGCCGGCCCCUCCCGGCCCGCCUCCUUCAAGCAGCAGUCAGAGAUGGCGGUGGUCCACGCGGCAGCGGCGCCGCCGUCCUCGUCGUCCUCGUCCCCCUCGUCCUCCACCUGGGCGCUGGAGCAGGCGGGCGCGGCGGCGGGCGCCUCGUCCUCGCGGCGGAGGCCGUCGGCGGCCAGCGAGCAGCACAGCCUGUCUCUGGACUCGGAGAUGGAUUACUCUGACGAUAUGCCGCUGCUGAAAGAAGCCUGAAACACGCCGCAGCCUUUUGGACUCAACCAGUUGUAGAAACAAACAAACAAACAAACAAACAUCUGCACUGCUGAGCAAAGACUCUGUCAACAUGGCCGCCGACCCCGACAGAACUCCAACACGGGCUGAGAGAGGCAGCGGGUUCCUCACGGGAGUUCUCCUCAUCAUCCCACAUGUACAUACACACACACACACACGCACACACGAUCUCACCAGAGGUGUGUGCGAGUCACACGGGCGACCCCGUGACCUCGCGUCGGGAGUCCACCACGUUCACCGUUUUCCUUCCACCUCACCCAUGUCUGCAGAGAUGCAUGAAGACCUGCCGCCCCCGUUAUUUAUUUCCACCUCCUUGUUUUUGGAUGAUCGUUGUGAUUGUGAAUCGAUGGAUCGCGCCACGCCGCGCCGCGCCGCCGCCGUGUCGUCACGCAGCCACGCCCAAGGCCGGCGUUCACCGACAGAGAUGUCUACUCGUCCACGCUCAUCACCCACCCCUCCCCUCCCCCGAUGGCCUUAGCUUUCCACUUCUAUGCACAGGUAUAUAAUAUGUGAAAUAGGGACUUUUCAAACUGAAUGUGGGUGAAAUGCCUCCACCGCUUCGUGGUUCUGAUCAUGUGUGGCUUCGUCGGACACCAGAAAAUAUGAUCUUCUUAAUUUAUUCAGGCUGCUUUUGGAGAUUCCUGUUUUUAAUGGGAAUUAAAAAAGAAAAAAGAAAAAAAGAACUUUAAAAAGUGUGUUUAAUUUAUUUUUGUGCCCAGAAUGCUGUUGAUCAGCUUCUCUCGAUGCUUCCACAGCUCACACUGUUCACUCCGCAGCUUCUCUCUCAGUUCCUGCAGGCACGUUUCAAUGUGACACUGUAAAUGUUACAAAAAAAAAAAAAAAGAUGAAGUGUACAGAUCAGUGUGAAGUCAGUGUUCACUUUUCUUUCCUUUUGGACUGAGGAGGGUUUCUUUUUUUGUGCAGAUUGUAUUUUAAUAUAUGUAAAAAGUUUUAAGUUAAGUUUACUCUGUAUAUAUUCUAUGGUCUUUUUUUGAUUAAAUAUUAUUUGCGGUGUU